ACGUAUACGCGAAUGUGUAUUCCUUCCUUCUGGCUUGGUCACGCGCUCGCGCGGAAACUCUUCGGUUGGGGCUCCUUUCUUGCGACGCCGCGGCGCAGCCGUCUGUUCAAUAAUGGCGUCGUCGCUUGCUUUGCUUGCUUGCUUGCUUGCUUGCCGCCCUGCACUUAUACACGAGCGUCCGAUUUUUCUCGUACAUCUCUUUUUACACCCCCGCAGUGGCGGCGUGCAUUCGGGCGAGUCGGAACGAACAUUGACUUUUUACCUCGUUUUUUCGAAGCGAUUUUUUGUCGAGUGAGAGAGAGAGGGGAUUGGUAUGCGAGGAACGAGUCAAUUUUCCCUCCGACUGAGCAAACAAUUUUUAUCAGAUUUUACUGUCUCUAACAAUACUCUGAUUAGUAUUAUCAUGACUAUUAUCGAUAUAAAUACUGGUUCUUUUGAUUGUUGAGAAUUUCUGACUAUAUAUUUUAUUGAAAAGAGAAAAAAAGUUCAAUAUUCGGGGCCGUAGAACAGUAAUUGAAAGUCUAAAAGUUUCACUAAAGUUAACGGUGGCAAGCCAGCGUGCCAGCAAAUGGACCUGUGUGAUGAAAAUGGUGCUUGCCGAUGGCUGCUUUUGCGGCUUCAACACCUGAGAGCAACAACAAAAUGGCGAUGACAACUCUCGGAAGCACUUGCCUCCACGGUCCGCUCAGGGCAACCAGGAUUCGCUGAAUGAUAGAAAGCUGUUCGUUGGUGGACUUAGCUGGGAAACGACAGACAAGGAAUUGAGGGAUCACUUCAGCACAUUUGGUGACAUUGAAAGCAUCAAUGUCAAAACCGACCCUACCACUGGCCGUUCAAGGGGAUUUGCCUUCAUUGUUUUUGCCAAGGCAGAAUCUCUGGAUAAGGCUAUGGCACAUGGAGAUCACAUCAUCAACAACAAAAAGGUUGAUCCUAAGAAAGCAAAGGCGCGUCAUGGCAAAAUCUUUGUCGGCGGUCUUUCGACAGAACUUUCUGAUGAUGACAUCAAGACCUUCUUCUCGCAAUUUGGAACAAUUGUCGAUGUUGAGAUGCCAUUCGACAAAACGAAGAACCAGAGGAAAGGAUUCUGCUUCAUCACCUUUGAGUCUGAACAAGUUGCUAAUGAGCUGCUGAAGACAUCGAAACAAACCAUCAGUGGCAAAGAGGUCGAAGUAAAGAAAGCCACCCCCAGGCCUGAGAUGGGAGGCAUGCGCGGUAUGGGAGGUAGAGGAGGCCGUGGUGCUCGCGGUGGCCGAGGCCGAGGCUUCGGUGGUCAAGGUGGAUGGGGCCAGGGUGGUUACGGAGGCGGUUACGGCCAGGGUGGCUACGGUGGUGGCUACGGCGGUGGCUAUGACGGAUACGGUGGAAACUAUGAUUACUACGGCGGUGGCUACGGAGGCUACGGCGGAUACGACUACAGUGGAUACGAUGGCUAUGGAUAUGGCGGUGGUAGUUACGAUGGUGGCUACAGUGGUGGGCGCGGUGGUGCACGCGGCAAAGGAGGCUCAGGCUUUGGCGGAAAGCAAAGAGGUGGCGGCCGCCAAAACCAGAGGCACCAGCCCUAUUAAAGACACAUAUUUUCUUUCGACCGCGAUGCCACUUGCAUCGUAACUAUUGGUCACCCAUCCUAUAACUCGUCAAAUCAUCAUUCCAUAACAAAGCCUCGUCAUUUUCAACAAGACUCCCAAGCGCAACCGCGUAGGCAGUACCAAUCAUCGACUAAAGUUAAUCAUCGUGCAUCAUAGCCGUCGAAUCAUCAUCAUUCAGAAGCAUUUUUGACAAGAAAACUAAGCUUUGCCAAAAAGCAGCAAUAGCUCGCUUUGUCGCCUCAUUAGAGGUUAAUCGAGCACUAUUUGUAUAGGCUUAAGAGUGACGCAGAAUCAGUUUCGUCAACUUUUGCGCCUAUAAUUACUGUAUUCUGUCUUCGAUUUAUACACACCUAAAACCAUGUGACACUAGCCUUUUAACUAAAAUAUGUUAUGUACAUCCGAAGUUCAAAUGCGGUAGUCGCAGAAAAAUGUAUAUUGUCAAAUAAUUUUUCAAUAAUAACUUAAUUUCAGUAUUUUUAUGUUUUUGAAUGAAACUCACAAAAUAUUUAGAUAAUGGCUCUUUCGUUUCACCGUGAUUACAUUGUCGUAAUCAACACCAAAAAUUAAGGGGGGGGGGAUAUAAUACAGUUGUAGAUACAUUAUACAAAUCUUUUAUUUCUACGGCGGCAGAAGCGAGUUUUGUACAAAAACUCAUCAAGUCAUCAGUCUUAGAAAAGAUUAGUAGCAUAUAGUUAAUCGGGGUAAUCGUGAAGAUUAAAAAGCUUGUAUUACAUCGUUUAACAUGUGUAAGUUUAUUUUAAUUUUGUUUGUAACUUAGUUUGAAAGAAGUGAGAGCGACAGAACUAAUUGUAGAGAAUUAAGCAGGCAAUGUACUUUUUACACGAUGAAGAAUGAAGUAUACAUCAGAAAAACUGGGGGUUAAAAUUUUUCAGAAUUCGAAAACAGUCGAUUUUCGAGAUUAAUAGCGGUUCUAAAUCAGUUUUUCUGCUAAAGUGAAACAGACUGUAGGUAAAAAAAAAUCGAAAAAAGUAUGUCGUAAAAAGAUGAUUGCUUCCUUUAUUAUAUAUUAUUAUUGGUAAGAACUAGAUCUAAAUAAAUUCAUUUUGUGUAUAUAAAAAUUAAAUUCAUAUUUAUUUUUCUCACACCACCUAUAGAACUACCGAUAUGAUUUUAUCGUUAUAUUCUUGCUUUGCAAUACUGAGUCACCUCUUAUUCGAUCAAACGAACGAUUUUUUAUUAACGUCGGUAUACUUGCAAUAGCAUAAGUAUUAAUAUUUACUAUGAGUAUAUACUUAAUUUUACACAAAGCACAAGUAUAUUUUGUCAUCGAUCUGAUAUAGAAGUACAAUAAAAAUUCGCAAAAACCAA